CACACACAUAUAGACCAUGGCGCUGGAGAACUCCGUCUUCCCGUCCCGCCCCGACUCCCUGGCGCUCCCCGUGGAGGAGAAGGGCGUAGGGGAGGCGGCGGAGGCGGCAACGGAGGCCUCCGCCGCCUCCCCCGGGGUCUUCAACGUGUCGGAGGAGCUGGGCCACGUCGUCACCACGCAGACCGCGCCGUCCCCCUCGCCCCCGGCCAAGGUCAAAAGGUCGUUCCAGUCCAAGCUGGCCGAGCGGGAGGCCAACGCCAAUCAGCACGUCAAGAAGGUCCAGGGCCCUGAGAAGGAGCGCGGGCGAUUCGGAUGGGCCCGGGCUCGGCGUAAGCGGCAGCGCUACGUGGAGAAGAACGGGCGUUGCAACGUGCAGCACGGCAACAUGCGCGAGACGUACCGCUACCUGACCGACAUCUUCACCACGCUGGUGGACCUCAACUGGCGCUGCUCGCUCUUCGUCUUCGUCAUGGCCUAUGCCGUCACGUGGCUCUUCUUUGGCGCCAUCUGGUACCUCAUAGCCUACUGCAGGGGGGAUCUGGACCAUCUGGAGGAUGAGGCGUGGACGCCGUGCGUGAACAACGUCAACGGUUUCAUAUCCGCCUUUCUCUUCUCCAUCGAGACGGAGACGACGAUCGGCUACGGAUACCGCGUCAUCACCGACCAGUGUCCAGUGGGCACCAUGCUGCUGCUGCUGCAGGCCAUCCUGGGCUCGAUGGUCAACGCGUUCAUGGUCGGCUGUAUGUUUGUGAAGAUCUCACAGCCUAACAAACGAGCCGAGACGCUUGUGUUCUCCAAGCACGCCGUCAUCUCUCUGAGAGACGACAAGCUAUGCCUGAUGUUCAGGGUGGGCGACCUUCGGAGUUCUCACAUCGUGGGGGCCAACAUGAGGGCCAAAUUAAUCAAGUCCAAGCAGACUCAAGAGGGUGAGUUCAUCCCUCUGGACCAAACAGACAUCAGUGUUGGCUUUGAGACGGGCGAUGACCGCCUCUUCCUUGUCUCGCCGCUGGUCAUCUCCCAUGAAAUCGACUCUCGUUCGCCUUUCUGGGACAUGUCGCAGGCCCAGCUGGAGAAGGAGGAUUUCGAGAUUGUGGUCAUCCUGGAAGGAAUGGUUGAGGCCACCGGGAUGACGUGCCAGGCGCGGAGCUCCUACCUGGGGGAGGAGGUGCUGUGGGGCCACAGGUUCAGCCCCAUGAUGUUGCUGGCGGAGGGCUUCUUUGAUAUUGACUACGGAGCCUUUCAUCACACGUUUGAGGUGGGCACGCCCUCCUGCUCGGCGCGAGAGCUGGCUCUGGCGGCGGCCAGACUGGACGCUCACCUCUACUGGUCCAUCUCCAGCAGGCUGGAUGAGGAGCCCACGCUUGCCGAGCAAGCUACCAAGCAGUCGGACGGCAGCUCGGCCAACAGCAAGGCGGGGGAGCCGAUGUUCACCGUCGGGGAGAUGACGGACAUCCAGGAGCAAUCCGCUUUGGGCGAGCUGAACGGCAGCGUCACCACCGAUCAAUCCGAAACAGAGGCCUAGAACAGAGAAUGUUUACAAAGAACCUCCAGUAUAUCACCACCACAUCAUAGCUGCGUGUUAAAGACUCUUUUAAGGCCGACGUGUAGUUUCAAUAGACCCACAUGUCCCGCAGUAAAUGCCAUAAUCUUGUGUUACCUUAUAAAACAAAAAAACAACCUUUAUUUUUUAAUAUUUUGUCUUUGAUUUGUUAUAAGUGUACUCCAUGUGCAUAUCUGAUUUUGUUGUUUUUGCUCUAAUCACCCUUGCCUAUAUCUACUUUAAAACGACAAUACUAUGCUUCGGGUGGGUUUAACCACGGUCUAUCUUGUGGACAGAAAGAAUGUUGCACUGACAGUGAUUAGUCUUUUUUUUUUGUUUGUUUUUGCAGACAGACGGUGGUUUGACAUGAAACGUUAAGUAUAUUAAGUGUUACCGUUUAAAAUAGGUACAGUGCAUAGAUGCUUUGUUGUCAGCUGGACAGA